AUGUCGGCCACGCCCGCCCAAAACGGGACACCUGGGAACUCUAGAGCACUGACGCCCCCGCAGAUACGUCGGAAACUGGUCAUCGUUGGAGAUGGAGCUGCAGGAAAGACUUCACUGCUGAAUGUCUUUGCCGUCGGGCACUUCCCAGAAGCAUAUGAACCAACAGUGUUCGAUAAUUAUGUGACGGAGAUCGAGCUGGACGGGAAGCCUAUCCAGCUGGCCUUGUGGGAUACAGCAGGUCAAGAAGAAUACGAGCGACUACGUCCAUUGUCAUACUCCAAAGCCCAUGUCAUCCUUAUCGCAUUCUCGGUGGAUACGCCCGACUCGCUUGAUAAUGUCACACAAAAGUGGAUAGAAGAGGUGCGGUCGAUUUGCGGGAGGGCUAUCCCAGUGAUCUUGGUCGCCUGCAAGACGGAUCUGAGGGAUAAGGCGAUGGGGAAUGGGACGUUCAGCGUGGACAACUUCAUAGACAGGGAUACUGGCCAAAAAGUCGCCAACUCCAUCGGCGCCAAAGCCUACUUUGAAACCUCCGCCCUCAACAACCAAGGGGUCGACCAAGUCUUCGAAGCUGCAACCCGCGCAGCCGUUCUCACCCGAGACGCAGGCCAUGGGGGUGUAGGCGCCGCAUACGACCGAGACGGCAUAGAGAAGCGGGACAGUCAUCAGGGGAAGAAGAAGAAGGGGAGUGGAGUGGGGGGAUGCUGUAUCAUCGCUUGA